GGGGGGGGUUGUUAAAAAAUAAAUAUAGGGGCGGCCAUCUUUGUUUCUCUGCCUUGUAGUGUAAAAUAUUCCAAAACGCCCCCCACUUUUUGUGUGUCGAUUUGAAUAUUAAACAAAUAUCAUAAUUCGGAAGGAAUACACUUUUAGAUCUCGCGGAACGGGGUCACCGACGGGAGUAUAAUGUCCUCUCUUCUCCGUUCUUGUGAGGAUGAUGAGGGCACGGCGGUUAAUUCCGAGGGAGGAGAUUUUGAUGAAGAAGAAGAAGACGACGGAGACCUGGACGAGAACGCAAGCGACAUAAACUCGCCGGCGGCUCCUCGAGAAACUGCAGCGAGAGCCGCGCCAGAUGAUGGUGAGACAUCGGACAGGGACAACCUGGGGAAAAAGAAACGAGGCCCCAAAAAAAAGAAAGAGACGAAAAAGAAAGACAAGGACAAGGAGGGGAAGAUGGCCAAAGCACGCAAGCGCAAAAAAAUAGACAGUGAUGUAGAAAGAGACUCGGACUAUGCCGUGAACUCUGACAGUGCUGCCAGCAAUUAUGGAGGAGAGAAGAAAAAGAAGAAGAAACACAAGGACAAAAAAGAGAAGAAAACCAAGAAAAAGAAGAAAGAGGAUGAAGACAGCACGCAUGAAGAGACCACAAAGCCGGUAGAGAUGAAAACGUCAGCCCAGCUGGCCAGGGAGUGGGGACUGGAGGAUGUCGAUCACACAUUCACAGAAGAAGAUUACCACACACUAACCAACUACAAAGCCUUCAGCCAGUUCAUGAGACCCUUGAUUGCUAAGAAGAACCCUAAAAUCCCCAUGUCCAAGAUGAUGACCAUUCUGGGGGCCAAAUGGAGGGAGUUCAGCUCCAAUAAUCCAUUUAAAGGCUCGGCCGCUGCCGUCGCUGCCGCCGCAGCCGCCGCCGCAGCAGCCGUAGCUGAGCAGGUCUCUGCAGCAACAGCCUCCCCUGAACCUCCACCUCAGCCACCACCACUUCGCAAGGCCAAGACCAAAGAGGGCAAAGGUCCUGGCUAUAAGAAACGCAGUAAGAGUCCUCGCGUCUCAGAUAAGAAGAAGCCAAAGCCCAAGAAAAUGGCUCCUCUGCGUAUUAAACUGGGAGCUCUUGGUAACAAGAGGAAGAAGAGCAGUUCGAGCGAGGAGGUGGAUGAGGACGAUUCUGAGCAGGAGAACUCCAGCGUUCACAGUUCAUCAGUACGCUCUGACAGCUCGGGACGGGUCAAGAAGAACAAAAGGGGUCGCCCAGCAAAGAAGAAGAAAAAGGUCCUGGGUGAUGAGGAUGGCGAUGGCUAUGAGACUGACCAUCAGGACUACUGCGAGGUGUGUCAGCAGGGAGGGGAGAUCAUUCUGUGCGACACCUGUCCUCGAGCGUACCACCUGGUGUGCCUUGAGCCUGAGCUUGAGAAAGCCCCUGAGGGCAAGUGGAGCUGUCCUCACUGCGAGAAAGAAGGGAUCCAGUGGGAAGCAAAGGAAGACGACUUUGAGGACUUUGAAGAAGAGUGUGACGAUGUCCGGGAUGUGGAGGCAGGGCUGGGAGGAGAGGAAGAAGAUGAUCACAUGGAGUUCUGUCGCGUAUGUAAAGAUGGAGGAGAGCUGUUGUGUUGUGACUCCUGUCCGUCGUCCUAUCACAUUCACUGCCUGAACCCCCCACUGCCCGAGAUCCCCAACGGAGAGUGGCUCUGUCCACGCUGCACUUGUCCACCAAUCAAAGGGCGAGUGCAAAAAAUUCUGCACUGGCGAUGGGGUGAUCCCCCGCCCCCUGUUCCUGUCCCUCCGCCCCCAGACGCACCCCCUGAUGCACCGCCCCCUCCCCCUAUGAAGGGUCGUCCAGAGAGAGAGUUCUUUGUGAAGCUUGUGGGACAGUCCUACUGGCACUGCACCUGGAUCACAGAGCUACAGCUCGAGAUCUUCCACUCUGUGAUGUUCCGGAACUAUCAGAGGAAAACGGACAUGGACGAGCCGCCCAGCCUGGACUACGGCUCCGGGGGAGAAGAGGAUUCUGGGAAGAGUGAGAAGCGGAGAGCCAAAGACCCUCAAUAUGCCAUUCUGGAGGAGAAGUACUACCGAUAUGGCAUCAAGCCUGAGUGGAUGAUGGUGCACAGGAUAAUCAAUCACAGUGUGGAUAAGAAGGGCAACUACCACUACCUGGUCAAAUGGAGAGAUCUGACCUAUGACCAGUGCACCUGGGAGAGAGAUGAGCUGGACAUCCCUGAGUUCAGCGCACACAAAACGCUGUACUGGAGACACAGGGAAGAAGUGAUGAAGGAGGACCCAGAGAAGCCAAGGAGGAUGAGGAGGAGAGAGGAGAAUGAUGAAGCCCCAUGCACGCCUGUUAAUGAUCCUACCAUCAAGUACGAGGAGCAGCCGGACUUUGUGACAGAGACAGGAGGGACGCUGCAUCUCUAUCAGCUGGAGGGCCUGAAUUGGCUGCGGUUCUCCUGGGCACAGGGAACAGACACCAUCCUGGCUGAUGAAAUGGGCUUGGGCAAGACCAUCCAGACUAUUGUUUUCCUCUACUCGUUAUUAAAAGAGGGACACACUAAAGGGCCGUUCCUGGUGAGCGCACCGUUGUCCACAAUCAUUAACUGGGAACGGGAGUUUGAGAUGUGGGCUCCUGACUUCUACGUUGUCACUUACACCGGGGACAAGGACAGCCGGGCCAUCAUCCGUGAGAACGAAUUCACCUUUGACGACGCGCCGGUGAAGGGAGGAAAGAAAGCCUUCAAAUUACGGAGAGAAGCGCCCAUUAAGUUCCACGUGUUGUUGACAUCCUAUGAGCUUGUGACCAUAGACCAGAACGUCCUCAAGUCUGUUGACUGGGCCUGUCUUGUAGUGGAUGAAGCCCACCGACUCAAAAACAACCAGUCCAAGUUCUUCAGGAGACUCAAUGACUACAAGAUAGACCAUAAGCUGCUCCUAACAGGAACUCCUCUCCAGAACAACCUGGAAGAACUUUUCCAUCUUCUGAACUUCCUGACACCCAACCGCUUCAAUAAUCUAGAGGGGUUUCUAGAGGAGUUUGCAGAUAUCUCUAAAGAGGACCAGAUUAAGAAACUGCAUGACCUGCUCGGCCCACACAUGCUCCGGAGACUCAAAGCUGACGUGUUUAAGAACAUGCCGGCCAAAACUGAGCUGAUCGUCCGAGUGGAGCUCAGCCCCAUGCAGAAAAAAUACUACAAGUUCAUUCUGACGCGUAAUUUCGAGGCGCUGAAUUCUAAGGGAGGAGGAAACCAGGUGUCUCUGCUCAACAUUAUGAUGGACCUCAAAAAGUGCUGCAACCACCCCUACCUCUUCCCCGUCGCUUCUGCUGAAGCUCCCAAAACACCAAGUGGAGCGUAUGAAGGUGCAGGUCUCACUAAGGCUUCUGGGAAACUCAUGCUGCUGCAGAAAAUGCUCAGAAAACUGAAAGAGCAAGGCCACCGAGUGCUAGUGUUCUCUCAGAUGACAAAGAUGCUGGAUUUACUGGAGGAUUUCCUGGAUUAUGAGGGCUAUAAAUAUGAGCGAAUUGAUGGAGGCAUCACUGGAGCUCUCCGACAGGAAGCCAUCGACAGAUUCAACGCUCCUGGUGCGUGUCAGUUUUGUUUUCUUCUCUCUACUCGAGCGGGCGGUCUGGGAAUCAACUUGGCCACUGCGGACACAGUCAUCAUCUUCGACUCUGACUGGAAUCCGCACAAUGACAUUCAGGCCUUCAGCCGAGCUCACCGUAUUGGUCAGGCCAAUAAAGUGAUGAUAUAUCGGUUUGUGACUCGGGCCUCAGUGGAGGAACGAAUCACUCAGGUGGCCAAGAGAAAGAUGAUGCUCACACACCUGGUGGUGCGGCCCGGUCUGGGCUCAAAAGCUGGAUCCAUGUCUAAACAAGAGCUGGACGACAUCCUCAAGUUUGGCACGGAGGAGCUUUUCAAGGAUGAGAUCGAGGCGGGGGAAAAUAAGGAGGAUGACAGCAGUGUAAUUCACUAUGACAGUACCGCCAUCGAGCGCUUGCUAGACCGCAGCCAGGACGCCACAGACGACUCUGACAUGCAGAACAUGAAUGAGUAUCUGAGCUCCUUCAAGGUGGCCCAGUACACCGUCAGAGAAGAUGACAAGAUCGAGGAGAUCGAGAGAGAGAUCAUUAAGCAGGAAGAGAAUGUGGAUCCUGAUUACUGGGAGAAACUCUUGAGGCAUCACUAUGAACAGCAGCAGGAAGAUCUGGCCCGUAAUCUGGGUAAAGGAAAGAGAGUCCGCAAACAGGUCAACUACAAUGACGCGGCUCAGGAGGACCAAGAGUGGCAUGCUGACAUUUCAGAUAACCAAUCAGAAUACUCCGUGGGCUCAGAGGAGGAAGAUGAGGACUUUGAUGAGAGACCCGAGGGUCGCAGACAGUCACGCAGACAGCUCCGAAACGAGAAGGAUAAACCACUGCCACCCCUGUUGGCCAGAGUGGGCGGCAACAUUGAGGUAUUGGGCUUCAAUACACGCCAGAGAAAAGCCUUCCUGAAUGCCAUCAUGAGAUGGGGGAUGCCAGCUCAGGACGCCUUUUCCUCACAGUGGCUCGUGCGGGACCUCCGCGGCAAGAGUGAAAAAGAGUUCAAGGCGUACGUGUCGCUCUUCAUGAGGCAUCUCUGUGAACCGGUGGCUGACGGUUCGGAGACGUUUGCUGACGGUGUCCCGCGCGAGGGGCUCUGCAGGCAGCCGGUUCUCACGCGGAUAGGGGUCAUGUCUCUGGUAAAGAAGAAGGUGCAAGAGUUUGAGCACAUUAAUGGGAAAUGGAGCAUGCCUGAACUGAAGCCAGAGAUUACUGUGGACUCCAAGAAAUCAUCAAGAGCUUCUUCGCCUGCCAUUAAGACAGACACUCCCACUCCUGAAAUGAGCUGCAACAACACACCGUGCACCUCCAAACCAGCCACUCCCUCUCCACCCGACAAGAUAGAAAAGAGCUUGAAAGAGGUGGAGAAAGACGAGUGUGAAUCCAUGACAGAGCCAGAAAGAGAGAGAGAGAAGGAAAAAGCGAAAGAAGGAAAGGAGGGGGAGAGUGUGGAAAGCACAGAGCCUGGAGAGACUUCCACCGCAGUAAAGGAGGGUGAAAUAGAGCCUGUAAACAGUGAAAAAGCUCAGACAUCCGAAAGUCCAACAAAAGCUUCUGAAAACUCAAAAACAAAAGAAAGCCCUGCCGUCUCUCAGUCUUCUCCAAAAGAAAAGAGUGAGACAGAAAUACAAGAGGAGGAGAGCACUGAAAAAGAGGCCUUCCCAGAGAAAACAUCAGAUUCUCCAUCUGUUAAAGAUGAGAGCAGAGAGGUUUUGAAAGGGGACAAGGCAGAGAAAGGAGAAAAGGCUGCAGAAGAAAAAGAGAAAAGUGAACUGACGUCUCCUCCCACCGAAACAACAGAAAAGAAAGAGAAAUUAGAUCAACCCUCAGAUGUCAAAAAAGAAGAGGUGAAGGGUGAAAAGGAUGCUGUGAAAGAGGUCAGAGGGCAGAGGGAGGAGGUCCCCAAAGGUAACAGCAAACCCACAGAGCGUCCCCGGUUUAUGUUCAACAUCGCGGAUGGAGGAUUCACAGAGCUCCAUACUCUUUGGCAGAACGAGGAGCGGGCGGCCAUUUCUUCAGGCAAGAUCAACGAGAUCUGGCACCGGCGACACGACUUCUGGCUGCUGGCAGGCAUCGUGUGCCAUGGCUAUGCACGGUGGCAGGACAUUCAGAACGACCCGCAGUUCGCCAUCGUUAACGAACCUUUCAAAACUCAAGUCAACAAGGGAAACUUCUUAGAGAUGAAAAACAAGUUCCUGGCCAGGCGCUUUAAGUUGCUAGAGCAGGCCCUAGUGAUAGAGGAGCAGCUGCGUCGGGCUGCGUACCUCAACAUGACCCAGGAUCCGACUCACCCGGCCAUGGCCCUGAACGCUCGAUUUGCUGAAGUUGAAUGUCUAGCCGAGUCCCAUCAACAUCUAAGCAAGGAAUCCCUCGCAGGAAACAAACCUGCCAAUGCUGUCUUGCAUAAGGUUCUUAACCAACUGGAGGAGCUUCUGAGUGACAUGAAGGCAGAUGUAAUGCGGCUCCCAGCAACACUCUCUAGAGUCCCACCGAUCACGGCCCGCCUGCAGAUGUCAGAGAGAAGCAUCCUCAGCAGACUGGCCAACAAAGGCAACGAGACACACACACCACCGCCUAUUCCUCCAGGACCGUACGCCACCCCACAGAAUUACGGCCCUCCCUUCACACCUGCACCUUCAGUGGCUCUCACUCUAGCUGGGGCCAACUACAGCCAGAUGUCCCCUGGCGCUUUCAUAUCAGAAGCUCCGUCCUGCCUGAAGACCAAGGAGCAUGAUGUGCUGCAGCGCCAGAGGGUGGUGGACCUGUGGAAGGACGGCAAAUCGGAAGGGUCAAUUGGGCAGGAGCUUCACAUGCCCAAAUCCACCGUGCACAGCAUCAUCGUCAAGUACCGACUCAGCAACACGGUGGAGAACCUGCCGCGCAACGGACGUCCCAAAAAACCAUGACCUGAAAGAGCCAUGGAUGGAGGACGGGAGGGACAGAAAGGCUAGGAAAAAAACGAUAAAUAAAUUAGACCGGAUUGGUGUGAGAAUUCUGUAGCCGAAAGAAUAUUGUAGCAGGCUGCUGGACUUCUUGAGAAAAGAUACUCUUCAGGUCAAAUGGUUUAUAACAGAUUAACAAAAGAGAGAAAUGAAGUAGAGAAAAGGGAGCUGAAACAAGAGCCGUUUGGACGAUGAAAACACUGACCUCUUCUUCCACUUCUGCCCUUUCCAGCACUCUUUUUCUCUCUCUCUGUCUCUCUUCCACUCUUACUCUCUCUCCCCUUGCCCCCUCUGUUCCCUUUCUUUCAUCUGUCGGUCCGAGAGAAGUCCCAGCAGAUUAAUUAUUCAUUUGGCUGAAUGAGCGAGAGUGCUCGUUUAAGUGCCCGAAAACUUCCCUCCCUAAUUCCACCACAAAUCACUCUUUCUCUGCAUCCCUUUAUACAAUAUCUCUCUUGCUUUUAUCAUUUCUCCACUCUCCUUCUGCCGUUCUCUCUCACACACACAUGCACACACAGUGUCAGAAGUGAAGGAUUCCAAAGACGGCAGUUUUUCCAAAAUACCAUAAGUUUGUUUUCUGAUCCAAUCAAAACUGUUUUGGAACCGAGGCACAGUGGAGUGGAACUAUCUUUUUUCCUGGAAACUGCGGACCUUUUGAAAAACUCUCCAGCCACGGACUCUCUUCGUUUCUAAACCAGUACUGUGAAAUGUUCAUAUAUAUAUAUAUAUAUAUAUAUAUGUAUAUAUAUAUAUAUAUAUAUAUAUAUAUAUAUAUAUAUAUAUAUAUAUAUAUGAAGACUGACUUUUCAUCAAAGAAACCUGUCCACUGGGGUGAUGCAGACAGAUAUACAUCUGCACCUGAACUGAGAUCAGUUGCAUGAUUUUCCAGAGCUAACUUUUUGAAAACGGCACUGAUCCUGGAUCAGAAGACCUUCAUGCUGAGCAUGCACACAAUUCAACCUGUCCGACCAAAUUCCUGUGCUGCGCUAGAGCCAGAUUCAAUCCCCAGCAGGACUGUUGUAUGAGAACUCUCUGCAUUCUACAAAAAUUCACAAGCACACCCACGUGUGCACACUCACGCACAUUUGAGAGCCACUUAAGUAGCUCUGUAUUUUCCACCACAUGCUGUGUUUUAUUGUAAUGGCUGAGUGAGCGUGUGUGUGCAUGCAGUACCAGUGAACUGAAGCUAAUCAUGCUUAUGUUUGUGUUCGGUUGGGGUUGAUUCUGUACGAGUGAAGAUUCAGGGCUGCUGGUGUGUGAGUGAUUAAUUGUGUGUGUGCGCUGGUUGUUUGAAUAGGCUGAGGCCAGCUGCCAUCUCUGCAUGUUUUACUGGUUUACCGAGACAUCGAGGCGAGCUGGUGUGCAGAAGCAAAACUUGAGAAAGUGACAUACAGAGAAAGAUGGUGGAAAGGGAGACUAAUCAGGAGAUUAAUGUGCUGAUUAUAUCUUUAAUUAAUUAGGAUGAAAACUGCUCAUUUAUUUUCUGUAUUUUAUAUAAAAGCAAGUUAAUUAACAUGUUGCCCAGUGUUCUCUUCCAAACACUGCAAAUUGAAGGCUGUAAAAACAAAUAUAGAUGUAUAAAAGUGGGCUUUACUUAAAACUAUGGCCAGUAAAGAUGAAAUCAAAUAAAUUAGAAUGUUACAAAAAUGCUGUUUACAGGAACACAAACACAAAAACAUUCCCAGACAUAGAGUUUGGGGUUGGUAGGAAUUGUGUUUAAAGAGACAUUUCUGAUAUUCACCAAGACUGCAUUCAUUUGAUAUAUCAUUCUAAUAUACUGAUUAGGUGCUCAAGAAACAUUUCUUAUUAUUAUCAAUAUUGAAAAUAGUUAUGCCACUUAAUAUUCUUGUUUAAACCAUGACACAUUUUUUCAGGAUUCUGUGAUUGAACAAAGUUGAAGAGAAAAGCUUUUUUUUGCAGAGUAACAAAAAUAUUCCUUUCUUUAAAAAAAUACAGUUUGAAUGGUACUGUAGUAACAUGUCAAUAUAAGUUUUCCUGUGAAGUACUUCUUAUAUUUCUAUGUCAUUACAGUUACUGUUCUGUUAAAAUAUUUUUUCUACUGGUGUUGCAUAUAUUUCAAUUAAACAAUUAAUGUGACAUUUCAAAUCUAAAUGUAACAUCCAACAAAUUUCAUCAAAAUUAAUUAUUUAAUUAUUUUCUAACUAAGUGAAGUCUUAGCUACACAAGGCCAAAUUAAUAGAUAAUGACAAUUGUUUUUUAAUUUGUUUGGAUUAUUAUCAAUAUUCAUUAUUAUUGAUUUUAUCAAGUAAACAUUUCAGCUCUAAGUACGAGAGACAGCUAGUCUGGAAAGAGAGACAAAUCAAAAAGAAAGAAUCAGUCUGAGAGUGAAUCAGUCCAAGAGGGACAGAAAGGCAGUCUGACGUUCAUUCUGGAAUAGAGAGAAAGUCUGAGUAAAAGUGGUAAUCUGAGAGAGACGCUCUGGGAAAAAGAAGAAGCCUGAAAGACGGUGAGACAGUCUGGGCGAGAGACAGUCUGAGGGAGAAAGCCAGAUUGUUGAUUGUAGAAGCAGAGAGUCAAGUCACUCCGAGAUCUGAAUCUGAGUAAUGAAUUAUUUUCCUUGGCUCGUGUUGUAUGCAGUACAGCGUUCAGAGAUAUGAAAGUCACCCGACGGGUCUCUAGCUCAGCAUUUCCCCCUUGUAAAGGAGCCCCAAUGCAUUCCAUGCUCUCUCCAGACGCGUUCCCUUCUGAAGGCCAUGCAUUCUUCUUCUCUCAUUGCUUGUUUACGAAACGGUGCCAGUCUUAAUCAGAUAAUUGAACUCAAGCGUUACCAUUACCCUGUUCCAGUGCACACAUUUCUUUUUUUGCACACUCCAGAACAUUCAUCUCAGCCAAAACCUGUAGCUCAACAAACGACUCUAGCAUUAUUUUCCUUGGAAAAACUUUGGUUGUGUAAUUUCGAGGAACACAUGCCAAAAGGGAUUGUUCCUUUGUAGAUCUUGCAACUAUUCCUCAGUUGCCUGCAUGUUUAGGCCUGAGACAAAACAGGUACCCCGAGUGCACAAUCAAGGUGGCUGUCAAUCACCUGUUUGGGAUGUUGUGCAACCAAUAAAUGAAAUUUAGACGUUUAGAAAUGUCUUGAAAUAAAGAUGCAUUUCUUCAAACCAAAGGUAUAAAGUGCUGUAACUGCAUUUAUAGAAUAGAAUAGAAUAGAAUAGAAUAGUCACAUUAGCAAAUUUUUUAUGAAAUUUCAUGGACAAAAAUGGUCCAUUGUCAAUAGUUUAGCAAUGCAUUUAGCACUCCUCAAAUAGAAGUCACUUUCAAACCAAGCAACUUUGUUUUGCAUGACCAUCUUGAACGUGAGCAAAUCUUACGCAAAACUUCCAAUUGUGCAGAUUCCUGUCGAAAUGUCUUCGCCCAUGUGAUUUUGCUGAGCAGUUUUAGGCUAAAUAUAACUUCAACUUUACAUUGUAGGCCAUUUAUAGUCAUUUUUAGUCACAAGGUACUGUAGGGUGUUCCUGGCAGGACAGUUAGACGUGACUCAGAAGUUUAUAUGUGACUCAAAUGAUGGCAUCUGUCAUGUCUGUCUGAGUCAUACUGUGAAAGAAAAAAUCUACAAGUACAGCGAAUUAAGCUAAAGAAUUUCAAACACUAUACACUCACUAUGUGCUUGUGUGUGGUAAACUAAAAUACUCAGUACUGUUGUCCUCAAAAUCAUUUCUUUAUAGAAGACAAGGUUUUGUAUUAUUAUUAUUAUUAUUACUGUGUAUGGUAUAUUAUACUCUGACUGUAUGCAAGUUUACCCAUUAAAGGAUGUCCAUAAUGGAG